AUGAUCACUUUUGCUCUUUUUGAUAUAGUUUACUCGUCGAGUCAUCCACUAUCGAAUCCGAUAAUGUUCACUCAUCGUCAUGCUUUUAUCGUAUUUGCAAGUGGUCCAUUGACGGGACAUUGGAUCUCUCUCGGUUACUGUGCUCUAUUUUUUGCCUUAAGUCUCACCCUACUUGCUGGCCAUUUUCUGUAUCGAUAUUUAUUGAUUUGCAAAAAUAAUUGGAUGUUUAUCUUCAAUAAAUUACAAUUUCUUCCCUUUCUCAUUGUUGUUUGGUUGAGCACUGGCUUUGCCUGGGUGGCUUUCGUUCAUUUUGGAAUGACCGAUUUUAAGGAGACUAGGGACUAUACACGAGUAGCUUUGCGAAGAGAAUUUGAUAUGGAUGCGGACAAGGUUCAAAUGGUUGGACCAUUAUUUUUUUUAGAUGGACCAACGAAUAAUCUCAUCAUUUUCUGGCCAGCCUGGUUUGCAAUGGCCGGCUGUUUCAGCAUUUUGGGAUCAACGUUUGGCAUGAUCCUCUUUUGCUCAUUUGAAAUCCACUCAAAAUUAAAAUCCUGUACAAUGAGUGAGAAAUCGAAGCGACUACAGUAUGAGCUGUUUAAAGCAUUGAUUGUACAGGCAGUGAUCCCAGCAAUAUUCGAGUACACUCCAUGCUUGGUUGCCUUCAGUUCAGCUCUCUUUGGAAUCCCAUUGGGAAGAUGGACAAAUAUCUGCCCAACUCUACUCACAUUUUAUACAUGGCUUGACCCAAUUUGCAUCAUUCUUUGUGUGAAAGACUAUCGAAUGGCGAUUGGGAAGCUUUUGAGUGGUCAAACGAAAAUCAGCUCUCAUCAAGAAACAAGCUACAGUAUCCCGAGAAGCAGAGUCGAUUCAUAUGCAAAGAAGGAGAUCUCAAAAGAU